AUGGCAGAAGGGCGGGACCACGAUGACAUUUUGCAAGAGGUGAGGGAGAACAUGUGUCAAAUUCUUGGGCAAGAUGUGCGGAUCCAGCGAAUACCAGGAGAUGGAUUCUGUUUCUUUCGCGCUCUAGCACACUGCUGCAUGGAUAGAGUCGAUGUAAAGCAGGGCGAUCUUGCUUGGAGUUUGUAUGUCUUGGCGUUGGCCCUGUUGUGGGCAGCCGAAGAGUAUCAUGUGAUUGUUGGCGACGCAGACAGCGAGACAGAAAGACGACGUAGCCGCCUCCGGCGGAAAUGCUCAGAUCAGAGACUUGCCAGUUUGGAUGCGGUUCAAUGUUACGUGUUGGACAAAUUGGCAACGUUGCUCCGACGCGACGCAGUCUUAGACACCGACUGUUUUGCGGACGCACCGGAGAUUGUCGCGAUGCUGGCAAAGAACGGCUUGCGCGUCUUGGUGAUCGAUGUGCCUUUUUCUGGAACGGGGUGUGUGCUACCGGACAACAUACACCUCAACUAUGACGACUUUAUAGUAGCUGCUGCCGACUGGAGAAGUUAUGACGGUGUGUUGUUGUAUUGGGGCGGUUGUCACUAUGAUAGCUUAGACGUAUUAGGUGCCAGAAAUGCUGCCGAUCAAAUUGCUGCUAGCAACUUGCAAAGACUUUGGGAAGAGUGUGCGGGUGCAUUGGCCUCAAUGGUCGCUUCAUUUGACAGCGCAAGCAAUGCGGAAGAUCAGUUAAAGCUGGUGGAAUUUAUUGAAAAAGUAGAUGCCCGCCAGAAGGUUGAAUUUGAGGCUGGGGAAAAAACCAGAGAAAAUGGACAAGCGCAGGACGAAGAGACCCAUGCGGAAGCGUUGCGCAGGGAUAGUGACGACGAGCAUGGUGAAAAAGUCGAUGUCAACCAGCAGGUUGAAUGUGAGGCCGGGAAAGAAGCGAGAGAAAAUAUAGAAGCACAGGACGGAGAAAACAAUGCGGAGGAGUUGAGCAGUGACAGUGACGAAGAGUUGCCAAUGCGUGUCCGAAAAAAUUUGUCUUUUGUGACGGAGCAGGACAUGGAAUUGAGGCAGGUGCGAGAUCGGCCUUUGUUUCCAGCGGACCCAGCAGAUGCGGAAGCUCUGCGCAGUUGGGUCGAUGUGGAUUCCGGCAUCAGAUUGCCGUUGGCUCACUGUGCCUUUCGACGCUGUCGCUGGAUUGGUGCGGAUUUGGAGGAGCUACAGCGUCAUUUGUGUCAGAGUCAUGGAGACUGUUUGCCGGGAGGUCGUCACUGUUGCGCAACGGAAGGCGCCAUAUGCAAAGAGAAUAUGGCGUGGUAUUGUGCUGGGAUGCGACAAAAAGAGCAACAGAACAUGAGCCUCGUUGGUCCAAGCGUUGACCGGAGGACCAUUGCGUUGAUGAGACAAGCAUAUGCGAGCGAGACCGUGGAAAUGUUGAUCUGUUUUUGUUGUGCUGCCAAGAAGAUUAAAGUGAGGCAGUCAGAAAAGAGCGAGAUCAGCUACCGCUUCGGUGGUGAACUGUUUCGUUUGGGCGAUCAGAUUCUCCAUCUGAAUUUUGCUUUGGAGGAUUUUAAGCGGUCCUAUGGUGACGGACCUGCUUUCCAGGAUGCGAGAGAUUUAGAAGAUGAUGUGUGGGUGCGACAGUUGCUGUUCGAGGGCGGGAAGAAGCUUCAGGUCCUGUGCUGCCCUGAAGAUGUCGUGAAUUGCGGCCAACGCAGCCUGGGCGAUAUCUGCCGCGGGUGUCAAGUGCCCAUCUGUACGGAGUGCUGCGCUUAG